AUGAAGACACACACAUACCUCCAUGUAUCCACUCCAGUUCGACACAGCCUUGCACUGAGCAAAGUGGCAGGGACCUCCAUUUACCUCAAACUGGACUCAUCUCAGCCUACUGGCUCGUUCAAAAUAAGGGGCAUUGGUCACUUAUGCAAAACAUGGGCUGAGAGAGGAUGCCAGCGGUUUGUGUGCUGCUCUGGAGGUAAUGCUGGAAUGGCAGCAGCUUAUUCUGCACGGCAGCUGGGGAUCCCUGCCACUAUAGUGGUUCCCAGUGUCACCCCCAACUCCACUGUUGAGCGGCUGAAGGAUGAAGGGGCCAAUGUAGUUAUUCAUGGGAAAGCAUUAAAUGAAAGCAUUGAUUAUGGUCAGCAGCUGGUUGCAAACAACCCUGAUUGGAUUUUUAUCUCUCCUUUUGAUGAUCCACUCAUCUGGGAAGGCCACACGUCCCUGGUGAAAGAACUGGAGCAAGACCUGAGAGAGAAGCCUGGAGCGGUGGUGCUGUCGGUGGGAGGGGGAGGUCUGCUGAACGGAGUGGUGGAGGGACUGCGCCGAGCCGGCUGGGACGAUGUGCCCAUCGUUGCCAUGGAAACCAUUGGAGCCCACAGCCUGAACGCAGCCAUGAAGGCAGGAGAGCUUGUGACUUUACCAGAAAUAACAAGUAUUGCCACAACAUUGGGCUUGACCAGAGUUUCCGAACAAACAAUGAAGUUAGUAAAGGAGCACACCGUCUUUUCACAAUUAGUCACAGACAGUGAGGCUGUCAAAGCUGUCGAGCGCUUUGUAGAUGAUGAGAAGAUCCUGGUGGAGCCGGCCUGCGGUGCAGCUCUGGCAGCGGUGUACAGUGACAUUAUUAAAACGCUCCAGGAUGAGGAUAAGCUUGCAAAGGCAUUAGGUCCUGUGGUCAUUGUGGUGUGUGGGGGCAACAACAUCAGCAUGGAGCAGCUAUGGAAUCUCAAAAAGCAGCUGGGCAUUGUGUAG